CAUAAUACCUGAAUUGUGUCGAUGUACACGUCGCGCAUAUCAUUGGUUAUUGGCAUCAGUUACAGUCAUUACCUCGAUCCAAUGGCAAGUAAACGAUGGAAGAACGAUGUCGCAUACGCGAUGACUCCCUUCAAGAUAUUAUCCUGGCCUGUAGGUGUUUGGCCACUUCAAGUUUAUAACGGCUUUUCAUUAAUACGAUGCAUUUUGGCCACUUGUUGCAUGAGCACAUUAGUGAUCUUGCCUUCCAUGGAAUUUCAAAUGGGCUGCACUAACACGGAGCAAAACAUAGACGGUCUUAUGUUGGCCUGUUGCGGUGUGCUCGGAGUGCUAAAGACUAUAUGCUUCCGCAUAUACGCAAAGAACUUAACUGACAAUUACAGCUCUGCUCGAAAUGAUUUUCUGACGAUUGAAAACACAGACCAUCGCACCAUCAUGCGAAGACACGCUUUUAUAGGAAGAAUUCUCUCCUGUUUCAUGGUGUGCUUCUCUUACGUUAGUGUGUUGAUAUAUUCGUUAAUACCUCUUCUGGGUGAAGAGCAGAUUAAUGAUCAAGCUAAACAGAUCAAUAUAACAGAUGAAGACAUUAUAUUGGAUUAUCCAAUGCCAUCAAGAUGCGCAUUAGAAUAUCUGCAUGUUCCGAGAAGCAUGUAUGAAAUUACUUGUUUGUUGGAAUUUAUCGUGCUAAUACUUACAUGUACUUGUAAUCAUGGUAAUGAUUCUCUGUUUCUCAAUAUUACAUUGCAUAUGUGCGGUCAAGUAAAAAUUCUAAAGGCCAAUUUUAUUGAGUUUAGUGUCUCAAGUCCGCAAAUCUACGAUCGUUUUAAUGCUCUAAUUCAGAGGCAUAAAUAUCUGAUAGAAUUGGCCAAGGAAUUGGCUGAGUCGAUCAGUUUAGUUUUGAUAACGCAAUUAUUUAUUAGCAGCGUAUUGUUAUGUAUAAUGGGAUUUCAAUUUAUCUUGGCAUUAAAAACACACAACAUUGUUGUAAUGGGAAAAAGUUUCAUGGUAUUGUGUACUUUUCUAACGCAAUUAUCUGUAUACAGUUUUGUCGGGGAUUACUUGAAAUCCCAAAUGGAAGAAGUUGGACUUUACAUUUAUCAAAGCACCUGGUAUAAUUUUCCUGUGAAGUUGGCGAAAAAUUUAACCUUUAUUAUUAUGCGUACACAAUUGCCCGUCAAGCUGCAAGCUGGAAACGUUAUUGUGGUAAACCUGGCAACUUAUAUGAGUAUUUUGAAAACUUCUAUGUCAUAUCUGUCUGUACUACGCGUAAUGAUAGAAACGUAAAAUUUAAUACAUAAAAUAAAAAAAAUUUUACAAUUUGUACAUUUAUUAUUUGGUAUUGUAUUCGGCAAAAUAGAAUUCUGUAGAAACAAAAGUUUACUAUAAUAUAUUGUUUUAAUAAAAUUGCUAAUUAUAAUCAUAAUACAAUAAUCAAAUUGUGCCAAAAAUCCAUUAUUUCUUCUCAUAAAAAAUUUUCAGAAAUAUAUGUGUAUUUAAAAAAAACUGUUUUGCUUGAAAAAUUACAAACUU